CACACACACACGCCCGUCAGCAUGGAAAAGAUCAAACACGUCCUUCACGGACACAAGAAGGAUCACCAUGUCGCCCCCGAGCCCGCCACUGACAGCUCACAUCAUCCCAUCUAUGAUCAAAUGGCUAGCAGCAGCAAAGGCACCGGCGCUCCUCUUGGCCAGCCGGUAUACAGCGUCAAAACCACCAGUGGUGCUCCCUACACCGAGCUAGCACAGCCAAACCGUUCAGUCGGUCCUCAUGGCCAGGAACCCCACGCACAACCAGAGCACAUGGCCACAGAUGGCCCUGUUGCAACUGCUACCAAACCACCACCACCAACCGCCGGCGGGCCUGCUGCAGGAACACAGCGCCCCGAUGCCCAUAUCCAUGGCCAUAAGCAAGAACCCAGUGUUGCUAGUAUUAAGAGCGGAGUGAUUGGUUUUGGUCCAACAGAACAGGGACAUGCCGCCAUGUCAAUGCAUAACCCUACCAACACCACUAUGACCCAGGGCCAAGUAGUUGGAGGCGGGAGCCCGGGGACGGCCGGAAUGUCUCAAGACAGAGACAUGCACCCAGUUCCAGACGCUCAGACAGCCCACACUGCAAUUAACCAUGAGCCAGUCGCAACCGAGCCACAGCCAUAUGAAAACACUCUGCGCAAGGAGAGCUACAUUACCGACACCGAUCGAUCGUUUCCGCUCGCCGGUGGUGUCAUCUCAACCCCGCAUGAAGCCCCUGCUCAUGAAAACCAUGGCCGACAAGGCCUUGCUGGUGCAGCCGCCGCCGCGACUGCCAUGGGAGCUUCGCACGCCAUCCCACGCUCCGAGGAAAGGCAUGUCCAAGAAGUCGGCCUUGAAACACGUCAAGCUACAUACGGUCAUGUUCCGCCGAACACUGUCCAGGACUCUACUACCAACACGGCGACGGAUAUUUCGAGUCACCCGUCAUCUGACCAUGAUUCUGGAGCAUUCGCUGCAGCCGCGGCUGUCGCUUCCGGUUCUUCCGCAGUCCCAACAUAUAGCCAAGAACAAGAAGUCGAGGCGGACGACAUUGAAACUCUCCUCCCCACAACUGAACCAACUGCCAGCUGUGAACGGCCAAUGAAUCCUCGCCUCGAGUCACGCCACAGGCAUAUUCCCGGUGAAUACAUCGCAACACCGAGCGAUGAGUCGGCAAUGUUCAUGAUUGACCAAUCGGCCAUGGAGCCAGCAGGCAGUCGUGAAGGCGGGGAUGCGCCUGUUCAAAGCCCUCUUUCUACCGAACCACCGGCUUCGAGUGCGCCUUCGAUGGACCCCGCUCCUGUUACUGUAAGCCACGAGUUGAGGCACACCGGAACCCUCCAAGAGCCAAGGCCAAGGUCGGCUGACAGCAGCAAUACUGCUCGUGACGCUGCAAUUGCCGGUGGCCUCGCUGCUGGGGCUGCAGGCCUAGGUAUCCAUGCAGCUUCAGAGAAUCGCGGCAUCCAAGAUGUCCAAGGUGACCAGUUCUUGUAUGAAGACGCUAGUCCUUACAGCAGCAAAACGCUUGACCCUCGCGUCCUAGGUGCCACACCUAAGCUGGAAGAGCAACGGUUCGACCCUGAAGCCAAGGCUGACCAUGACAUUGACUCAGCCAUGUCUAGACCUCCGGUCUCACAUGACUCUCCCAGCCAGACUGCUCCAACCAAUGUUGCCCCUGCUGGUUAUGGCGCCCAGGAUGCUGUCGAUGCGUAUGGCAAUCACAGGAUGACACGACUUGGUGCUUCAAUGCCAGAACAAAGAUACGACCCUGCUGCCUCUAGUGCGCAUGCCCCUAACCCAAUUGCCCCUAAGAGCCAGUACGAUUACAACAACCAUAACACACUUGGCAAUAUGAACCGAACAGACCCAAAUGAUCACGUCAACAGGAACGCCUUCAUGGGUGCUGGCUUAGCUGGUGCCGCCUUGGGUGCUGGAGCUUACGCUCGCGAGCCGCAUGCUCAUGAUAGCCAAAACUGGCCACUUCAACAAAAGGAAGAUUAUGCUGCACACCCCCAGGGAGGUCCAGUCUUGCAGCCUGCGUAUCCUUUGCAAGAUACUUCUACUCAUUCUCCCUCUCCCAUCCAGGGUACCAUCGCCCCACACAAUACGCAUGCUGAGGACCAUAGCGCUCAGACUGAUGGAGCUGCCCAAGACCCGGUAGGAGACAAACAUGACACGCUCGCCGCUCCUGUUCUAGGCGGCGCUGUUGGAGCGGCAGGACUUGGUGGUGCGACGCACAUGAACAAUCGAAAUGGACAUGAGCGUGAGAAGGAACAGCAUCAUCAUGACAAGGAUUCAGACAAAGAAGAGACGGAAGAGAAGAAGAAGCAUAGACUGUUGGGCUUCUUGCACCGUGACAAGUCCAAGAAGGAAAGGUCCUCUGCCAGUCCUGAGCAUUCACCUCGCCAGUCAAAAGACUAUAGUCCAAGGCACUCCAAGGACUACAGCGAUGAUGCAGAGUCACCACGCUGGAAAGGCAAACACCGCUUGCACAAGGACCCACCAAAAGGCCACCCUGCGCGUGAGGCAAUGCAACAACCCCAUGAAAGCGAACCAUAUGCCGUGGGAAAGCGGCAGCACAUGGGUUUCGAUGGACCAAUUGGUGAUGCCAAUGCCAUCAGCGGUGACCGGGAAACUCGUCACGGUGUACAUGGCGCCCAUCCUACUACCGAUCUCGACCACGACCCUACCGUGAUUGAGCCGCACACUGGCCUCCGCAUGAACGCUGAGCAGUUUGGCGCCGGUGCUGGUAGUACUGAUGGCAAUCCUGCCAUUCGUGGUCAUCAUGCCCAUUAGUAAGGCUGAUACCGCGUACCAGAUGGAAACAAAAUUGAGACAUAAUGAUGCGAUGCAAACGAGAAAUGGCUUGAAUCUGAAAUCUCAGCUGGUUUGAGUUCUAUAAUGUAUUGUACUAAUGAGCGAGAUAAUCUUAAUGCGAGACAUGGCAUUUUCCACCAAUCGGUUGUCAUGUACUGCUAGUAUAUGCCUGAUAGAGCCAUUCUACGUCAUGAGUUGCAAUGACAUGCACAUUGGCUGGCUAGGCUUCUAAAACAGGAUUCUGAAUCCCCGUGCUAUAGGACACG